AUGCAACUUAGUACACCUUCUAAUUUACAACCACUUGAAGCUCCUGUUCCACCUGAAUUGUUGGCACAAUUAGAAAUACUCGAAAAAACUUUAAAAGAAAAUAAACAAAUUUAUUCUGAAUUAAAAAAUGAAAAUCCUUCGAAUGAAAUGACUUCACUUGAAUCUAAAGUAACUGGGCUUGGACGUCUAAUUAGUCAAUAUAAAGGAUUUUUGAAGGAAGAAAAAUUAAAAAAUUCUGGUUUAAAUUUUUUUAAAUUAAAUUCUUUUUUUAAAGUUUUGUCAGAAAAGAUUAAUUUGGAUCAAAAAAUUUCUCAAAAUAUUCAAAAAAGUAGAGACCAACAAACAAAAAGAGGACAUUCUAUCGAUUAUUUACAUGAAGUUGCUUCUUUAAAUGAAAGGCAACUUGAAGAUCUUUGGGGAUCUGUUCAGAAAUUGAGUAAAACUUUGGAACGUUUAAAAUCUGAUGAUUCGGAUUCCACUUCAAUUUCUCGUAGUGAAUUAUCAGCACAUAUUCAACGAUUUGAUCAAAUUUUUGAAGCUGUGGCCGGUCAAGUUUAUUUAGUUAAUGAAGCAACUGAAAAAUUACGUGAUUGUUUUAUAGAACGAAGGAAAAAAAUUUAUGGGCAGUUUGAGGCUGAUCCUUUUGAAAAAGCAAAAGAAAGGCAAAAUAUAAUUAAUUCUUAUUCUUCUCUGAAAGGUGUCGAUGCUUUUCCAUCAUCAAAUGCAAUUCUUUCUUUAAGUGAAUAUUUACCUAGACAACCUUCACAAUCUUCACAACCACAAUUUGGAAUUACUCCUUUUGGCCAACCAUUACAGCCACAACAGACGGGAACUUCUUUAUUUGGUGUAAAUGUCUCAAAACCUCCAACUUCUUUUUCUUUUAAUAAUCCUUCUGUUACAAGUUCUUUAUUAUUUGGAACGGCAAAUAAACCAGCAACAAAUACUUCUUCUUUAUUCGGUACUGCUUCGGCAACAACAACAACCACUUCUCUUUUUGGACAACCAGCUCCAGCAACAACAUCUUUAGCAUCUAUCCCUCUUUUUGGUAGUACAACAACCCAACAAUCAACAGCAGGUCAACAACCAGCAGGGACAGCUUUAUUCAGCAAUACUCUAAAUUCUGCGAGUAGUGGGACUUUAUUUAAAGGAAGUGCUGUGGCAACGCCGAAUAGACCAACUUUGUUUGGAGGUUUACAAAAAUAA